AGCCAUGAUUCCGCUUUAUUGACUUCCUGACACAACAAAACGUCACUGCAGCGUGUUGCAUUCUGGUAAAUGUAGUCAAUUUAACGUUAAGAUUGCUAUUUCUAAUCAUUUAACAAUAAAUAUUGAUUUACCCAAACAGGUAUUCUGUGGUUUCUGAUAAAUAUUGGGAGAAAGAUAAAAAGAAAAGACAGUAAUUUCGAGUAUCGUGAGUACAUAUGGGAAAGCAAUUACACCGCAAAAACUACAACUCCCAUAACUCGACGUCAUGACGUAGUUACGUUUUGCAACGGUCAGUUGCUAGAGAAAAAAACAGCCGCUUCCGUGUUGUUCUUGUGUUAUUCUGGUAAAUAACUCUGGUUAGCAGAGUCGAAGCCCGUCUGACAGCCUGACUAUCAUGAUUCUGUGAAGCUGACACACAGUUUCAGCUUUUCUCCGCCCGAAAUGUCGCUGCUGCAGAGCUCAAAGAAGAAAGACAAGCGUAUUUUGUCUGGUACCUGCCCAGACCCGAAAUGUCAGGCGAGGCUCUUCUUCCCCGCUCACGGCUCCGUUAGCAUCGAGUGCACCGAGUGUGGUCAGCGCCACGAACAGAAGAACCUGAUAAAUGUCGAAGAAGUGACGGAUCCAGAUGUUGUGCUCCACAAUCUGCUCAGAAAUGCGCUGCUCGGCGUCACCGGGGCCCCAAAGAAAGGGACCGAGCUAGUGAAGGUGAUGGGGCUGUCCAACUACCACUGCAAGCUGCUGUCUCCGGUCCUCACCAGGUACGGCAUGGACAAACAAACGGGCAAAGCCCGGCUGCUGAGAGACAUGAACCAGGGCGAGAUGUUUGACUGCUCGCUGCUGGGAGACAGAGCUUUCCUGAUCGAGCCGGACCAUGUCUCCACCAUGGGCUACGGCAAGGACCGGUCCGGGAGUCUCAUCUACCUCCACGACACUCUGGAGGAGGUGAAGAAAGCCAAUGGCAGCAGAGAAUGUCUCAUCCCCGUCCAUGUGGAUGGAGACGGGCACUGCCUGGUCCACGCCGUGUCUAGAGCGCUGGUGGGCAGAGAACUGUUCUGGCACGCCCUGAGAGAGAACCUGAAGCAGAACUUCAAGCAGAACCUGGACCGCUACAAGAGCCUCUUUCAGGAUUUUAUUGAUGCUGCUGAGUGGGAGGACAUCAUCAACGAGUGCGACCCUCUAUUCAUCCCGCCUGAAGGUGUCCCGCUCGGGCUUCGCAACAUCCACAUAUUCGGCCUCGCCAACGUCCUGCACCGCCCCAUCAUCCUGCUGGACUCCCUGAGCGGGAUGAGGAGCUCAGGGGAUUACUCAGCCACCUUUCUGCCCGGGCUGGUGGCGGAGGAGCAGUGCAGGGGGAAAGACGGGAAGCUCAACAAACCCAUCUGCAUCGCCUGGAGCAGCUCUGGCAGGAACCACUACAUCCCUCUGGUGGGAAUCAAGAACACGGUGCUGCCGAAGCUGCCGGCCCGCCUGCUGCCAAAGGCCUGGGGUGUCCCGCAGGAGCUCAUCAGGAAGUACAUCAAGCUGGAACCGGACGGAAGCUGUGUGAUUGGCGGUGACCGCAGCCUGCAGGACAAAUAUCUGAUGAGGCUGGUCAACGCCAUGGAAGAGGUGUUCAUGGAGAAGCACAGCAUCCACCCGUCACUGGUGGCCGACGUGCACCAGUACGUCUACAGACGCACUGGUGUGAUCGGCAUCCAACCGGAGGAGGUGACUGAGGCAGCUAAGAAGUCGGUGAUGGAGAACCGGCUGCACCGCUGCCUGAUCUGCGGUGCCCUCUCUGAGCUCCACGUGCCGGCAGAGUGGCUGGUUCCUGGCGGGAAGCUCUACAACUUAGCCAAGUCCACACACGGUCAGCUACGGCCGGACAAGAACUACAGCUUCCCGCUCAACAAUGUAGUCUGCUCGUAUGACCCUCAGAGAGACGUCCUCAUCCCAGAUUACAAACUGAGCUCCCUCAACACCUGCAACUGGUGUCAUGGCACAUCAGUACGCCACAUCCACGGCAACGGGUCGGUGGUUUACCUGGACGGGGACAGAACCAACACCCGCUCCCAGGGCGGGAAGUGUGGGUGUGGCUUUAAGCAUUACUGGGAAGGGAAGGAGUACGACAACCUCCCUGAGGCCUUCCCCAUCACACUGGAGUGGGGGGGCCGGGUGGUGCGGGAGACGGUGUACUGGUUCCAGUAUGAGACUGAACCGGCUUUGAACAGCAAUGUGUAUGAUGUGGCCAUGAAGCUGGUCACUAAACACUUCCCAGGGGAGUUUGGCAGCGAGAUCCUGGUGCAGAAAGUCGUCAACACCAUCCUACAUCACACUGCCAAGAAGAACCCCGAUGAGUACAACCCGGUGUCCAUCGACGGGGCCCACGCCCAGCGCCUCACCGACACCACGGAGACUCCGCAGGUGGUGGACCCCCAGCCGCCCACCAAGAUCAUCCUGACAGGUCAGAAAGCAAAGACGCUCCACAAGGAGGAGCUGACGAUGAGCCGGGCGGAGCGCAGCUUGCAGCAGAGCAUCAGCGAGCAGGCCUUCGUCACACAGAAACGCCGGACCGACCGGCUGAAGCAGGAGCAGAAAGGCCACGGCCGGACAUCCUCCCCCAGCGGGUCUCCUGAAACCUCCUCCUCCUCAGCUCCGGCCACGCCCACCAAAUCCUCUUCCCCUUCCUCGUCCAGUAAGGAGAAGAAAAUCCGUGUGACCACCAGUGACGGCAGGCAGGCCAUGCUGACCCUGCAGGCCCACACCACCUUCUCAGAGCUGCAGAGGAGCAUCGCAAACCAGUUCAGCGUGCCGCCGGCGCAGCAGUGCAUCCGCUACGGCUUCCCGCCCAAAGAGCUGGUCCCGCCUAAGGACGGCGAGGAGAACGAGCCGGUGGCGCUGCAGCACGGCGACAGGGUGACGGUGGAGAUACUGAGGGGCCCCGAGGACAAGAGCCCCGCGGCCUCCAUACCUCGCGCCUCCAGCUCACACUCAGUGAAGAGCGAGGACGCCGUGACGUCCGGCAGGAUGAGCAGCCGUGAACUCCAAGACAGCAUUGACCUUGAGAUGUCCUCCCUCUGUCUCCUAGCAACCCUGAUGGGUGAGGACGUUUGGUCGUACGCAAAGAAGCUGCCGCACUUAUUCCAGCAGGGAGGCGUCUUUUACAACAUUGUCAAAAAGGACAUGGGGCUGAUGGACGGGAAGCACUGCACUCUGCCUCACCUGACGGGGAAGACGUUUGUCUACAACGCAGCAGAGGAGCGGCUGGAGCUCUGCGUGGACACUGCCGGUCACUUCCCCGUCGGCCCCGAGGUGGAGGAGCUGGUGAAGGAGGCGCUGGUCCAGCUGCGCUCGGAGGCGGCCACCAGGGGCAGCAGAGAGGGGAGUCCGUCCCACGGCGUGCUGCGGCUGGGCAGUGGCGGCGUGGUGCGCAAGAAGGAGCAGCUGCAGAGCGUCACUGCCUUCCAGGGUAAAGGCCACUCUCUGGGCAGCAGUGGGGGCUCCUCCCCUCCAGAACACCGACCUAUCACGCGCCAGCACAGCAGCGGCGUGGACCUGAGCGCUAGCGUGUCCCGAGGCCCCCCGGACCUGUCGGACAUCCCCGAGGACGCCACCAGGGAGCUGGUCCGCAUGGCGCCGGGCUUCGUCACCAUGAAGGACGGCCGCGGCGUGGACCCCAGCCUGAUGGAGCAGCAGCGGAGGAAGCUGCAGGAGAUGGUGUCCUCCAUCCAGGCCUCCAUGGAGCGCCACCUGAGAGAGCAGCAGAGCACGGCUGCCGCAGGGGGAGGGGCCAGCCAGGAGCGGACAGGCGGGACUAAGACGGGAGCCGGCCAGCCAACAUCUGCCACCAACCACGAACCCCCAGCUGCAGCAGGUGCGGCGGAGGCGGCGGCGGUGGCGGCAGCAGCCGGCAAACCAGAGGGGAAGACGGAGGAACCAGAGGAGAUGGAGAGCCAGGACGCCGAGCAGAGCAACGCCACCGAACCCAUGGAUCACUCCUGAUCACUCUGCCGAGAUCCCCGCCCCGCCUCCACCCCGCCCGGCCGGCAUCUGUGGGUCGUAACGCCUCAGGUCGGAUCCUAAAGCUUUGGUCUUCAUCGUGUUUCGUUGUCUUUACUGCAUGACUUAAGAGCGGGCCGACCGUCCUCACCUCUCUACAGACUCUGCGAGGGAAAAGUCGUGGAUACAUGGAGACACGAUCCGUGCGAUACAUCAUUGAUACUUUCACACCGAUAUCACACUUGUGUUGCAAUACCGAGGCUGCUGCUGUGUGUGUUUGAACUCUAUGCACUUUGGUACACACUCUCAUCUCAGCUGUCAAACUGAAAACUUCAGAAUGCAGUAAAAAAAAAAAAUAAAUAAAUACAGCGUAUGAUUGA